AUGAAGAGAGCAAUUGACGCCUUAGUUGUUUUAGCAGGUAAGGUUUCAGAAUAUAACGCAAAAAUGAACCCGCAAUGUUCUAAAUGUAAAGCAGCAAUGAGGAAAUAUAACUACUCAGUCAAAGAGAUAGAAAGAAUGAGAAACGACUAUGCAGACUUAAAGAAAGAAGCAGAAAAGCCAGCAGAAGAUAAAAUGAACAUGUUAGCAUUUCUGAACAAAAACUAUCCAACUGCUGACGAUUUCCUUCUAUCUGACGUCAAGAAGAAGUAUAAAGAAACUUUCGGUAUCGUUAAAACAUUCGAUGUACUGACAGAAGAAAUAGAAGCUACGAAAUUGUUUAGAGUCAUGAACCAUCGCAACAUAUACCAUGUAAAACGCUUGUAA